AAAAAUCAAUUGCUUAUAACAAAUAUUUGGCUGAAAUUGGAAUGGAACGAUAUGAAUCUACGUUGGAAUGCUAGUGAUUACGGUGGCGUUAGAGAUUUACGCAUACCGCCUCAUCGCUUAUGGAAGCCGGAUGUUCUUAUGUACAAUAGUGCGGAUGAGGGCUUUGACGGCACCUAUGCUACCAAUGUUGUAGUGCGUAAUAACGGUUCUUGCUUAUACGUUCCGCCCGGUAUUUUUAAAUCAACAUGUAAAAUCGAUAUCACCUGGUUUCCGUUUGAUGACCAACGCUGUGAGAUGAAGUUUGGUUCAUGGACGUAUGAUGGCUUUCAGUUGGAUUUGCAACUACAGGACGAAGCCGGGGGUGAUAUAUCCAGCUUUAUAACAAAUGGAGAAUGGGAUCUUUUAGGCGUACCGGGAAAACGAAAUGAAAUCUACUAUAAUUGCUGCCCAGAACCUUAUAUUGACAUUACAUUCGCCAUUUUGAUACGACGCAAAACUUUGUAUUAUUUUUUCAAUUUAAUUGUGCCCUGUGUACUGAUAGCCUCAAUGGCACUGCUAGGUUUUACACUGCCACCAGAUUCUGGUGAAAAACUCUCGCUUGGAGUAACAAUAUUACUAUCGCUCACUGUCUUCCUUAAUAUGGUGGCCGAAACGAUGCCAGCAACCUCAGAUGCUGUACCAUUGCUGGGAACUUAUUUCAAUUGCAUUAUGUUUAUGGUGGCUUCAUCAGUUGUGUCAACCAUACUUAUCCUCAAUUAUCAUCAUAGAAAUCCAGAUACGCAUGAAAUGAGUGAAUGGAUAAGAGUAAUAUUCCUUUAUUGGUUACCUUGCAUAUUGCGCAUGCAAAGACCCGGACAGGUUGGCUACGAAUGCCCACCGCCGCCCUCAUCGUCGACCUCUUCUAACGCUGGCGAUAAAAAGCAACAGAUACAAAAUGUUGAGCUUAAGGAAAGAUCAUCGAAAUCUUUGUUAGCCAAUGUCUUGGAUAUCGAUGAUGAUUUCCGUUGCAAUCAUCGUUGCGCCAGUGCCACACUACCACAUCAACCCACGUAUUAUCGCACCAUGUAUAGACAAGGUGAUGAUGGUAGUGUGGGUCCGGUGGGUCCGGUCGGUGAUACUCGUAUGCACGAAGCUAUUUCUCAUACCUGUCUAAGUUCAUCGGCAGAAUAUGAAUUGGCUUUAAUACUCAAAGAGUUGAGAUGGAUAACCGAUCAGUUGAAAAAAGAAGACGAAACCGGUGAUAUAACCAGAGAUUGGAAAUUUGCUGCCAUGGUAGUGGAUCGUUUGUGCCUUAUCGUUUUUACGCUAUUUACAAUUAUUGCGACAUUGGCGGUUUUAUUCUCGGCACCACAUUUCAUUUUCCCGUAACUUUAUGGCUUUUGGUUUCAAUUAUUUUAUUGGUCGGAUGGUAACUUCGUUGAGACGUACUUUCAAUUCCGCAAAUGCCUCCAAUCAAUUGGCUUACGUAUAAAUGCAACUAUAAUAAUAAUAAUAAUAACCACAACAACAACAGCAACAAAAACAAAGACAACAAUAUGAACUACUUCUUAGAAAAAGAAAUGAAAAUUUCAACAACAAUAACAACAACAACAACAACAGCAAUAAAAGUUUGUUUUAAGUCAUGUGCCUGGUCAACGAAAUUUAAAUAACUAUUCAACAACAACAACAACAACAAUAAAUGCAAUAAUUAAUUGUAAAAUACAUUUAAACUCCAAACAAGUUCAUAAUAUUUAAAGUUAAGGAAAACAUAAUAACUUUUGUUGCUUUUUUUUCAAAUUGCGAAACGAAAACACUAGAAAGAAUUUAUGAUCGGCCUAAGCCGAAUCUUCUCAUACUCACCACCAAAUAUAUAUAUCAAAUUUUAUAAAAUGUCUCCCAUAAUCAAAUACUUUAGAGCGAUCUAAUUGACGAAAAAAAAACUGAUAAAUGAUAAAAAACUUAUAUUCACUUUAGGACGAGCUCUGCCUGCACACUCCUUAUGGCACGCAGAUAAAUGAAUGAUAACCUGAUAUAUAAUGCAUUAAAAGGGAUUAGAUAAGAAAUAUAUUAUUGUCAAGUUCUUGAUUACCGUUUCGGCGUCCAUUAACACGCAAAUACGCAACGACACGUACAUUUAAGUACAAGCCGACACACAAAAAUUUUGAAAUUCUCAAAUGUUUAUUCAAAUUGGAAACACUUUAUAAACUGUCUAAUGAAUUUUUGUCGAGAUCAAUGACUGAAUAUAAGGAUUAGCAUAUAUUUUCGAAUGGAUUAUCGGUCAUGUUAUAUAAUAUGUUAAUAUACAAAGAACAUAAUGCGAUCUGGAGUCAGAGCAGGUCAAAAAGCGACGCAGACAAAUGUUUACAAAACUUAUGCUUUUUGGAUCGAACCUCUUUUCGGGCUGAAAUUUCAAAUAAUCUUGAUAAAUAUUUUUUGCAAGUUUUACGGUUUUAUGGAAUAUCAGUUAGAGCCAGCCGGUCAUUGUCAAUGUAGAUGUAUCGAAACGAGUCCGUUCAGGCUGAUAUCCAAAUUUGAUCCCAGGAGAACUGUAAAAUUUCAACUUUAAUAAACAGACAUUUUGAAAUGUUACACUGAUCACUUCUACCGACUCAGUUCAAUGAAUCUUUGACGUCUACUUUCAGAGAUCGCGAAGGAAAAGGCAAAAAAUAUAGAUGUGAUGCGCAUAAAAACACUUCCAAAAUAGACACUAAGCAAAUAAGCAAAAUAAAUACGCCUAGCGGCGAAUAAUUGAUAUCCAAUUCAAAUACCUUGAUUUCUAAUGACAGCGGCGCUUACCAAAUCAUCCCAGUUUGACAUCCCGGCUUUUUCAGAUAAAUGCUAAUAAAUAUUUUUAACAAAUUUUACAUCGAUAUCGACCGUCGAUUGUACAUUACUCACUCUUUUUCCUUAUUGACCUUGUGAGCGUAGGUAAAUAGUUUUUACACUUGCAAACUUGUUUUUUGGUCAUCAAAUUUGGGUGAAUAUGGGUUUGUCAAAAUUUAGGCGUUAGCAAAGAACUAAAUGAGGGACACAGACAGAGUGGGGCAUAAGAACUACCAUCUGGAUGGGCUGGUAGACGAAUCUCAAGCAUGUUCGAAUUUUUUCAAUCGUACAUACGCUUUACUAGGUCGUGUCUUUAAUGCAAUGCCAAAUACCGAGGCACCUUAGUUGUAGCUGGUGAGUAAAAAAUUUGAAAAAAAAAUAAAUGGACAAAUUUUUACAAUCUCUCUUGAUAACCAACAACAUUUGAUUUGAAACUUGGCAUAAAACUUUAUUAAGAUUGCUUAGGCUUUUCGACGCAGCAGUAUAUGCAAUUUUCUUAAAGCCAUACUUAAAAGAAAGGCAAAAAACAACGACUUUGGACACAUACCGAAGACGAUGCGUAUCCAAUUUUUCAAAAUUUUAUCUCUAUGUGGACAGCAACAAUUCGAAUGCCAAACUGAACGAAAUAACUUCGGUGUUCUGAUAUGAUAUUUUCAAGAAUUCAACAGCAGAACACACAGACAAGCAGAGAGACAGACGUAACUGAAUCAAUUCAAUAUUUAAAACGGUUCACAUCUCAGCCCUUUCUCCCGCUCACGAUGAAUAUCGGCGUUAUGGUGUUGAGUAAAUAAAUAAACAUUUAUCAAAAAUAAAAAUAAAUAAAAAAAUAAGAACAAAAACGUGCAAAAAUUCUUUCGCUGUGAUAGAAUCAAUUUUCAGUAAACCACUACACGCAAGAUACAAAUUGUACAAAUUAAGAAAAUGCAAAAAAAAGCAACAAACAGCAAAAACAACUGCUACGUAAUGAAGAGCAACUUAGCAACAACAAAAAACAAAACACAACCUUAAAGAGACAUAAACAGCAGAGUUUUAAAUACUAGAAAAAGAAAAAAAAAAAAAAUCCAUAAAACAAAUUUUGUUAAAAUUUAACGAGGUAAACAUAACAUACAUACAAAAACUAUCGACAGACACAUACAGUAUAAAGUUAACUAUUUUUUAACAAAAAAAAGAAAAGAACUAAACAAAAGGAAAUAAACCAAAAAAAUUAAAAUCAAUUCUAUAGUAAAACGAAUGCAGACGCAGACAUACAAAUAUAUGUCGUAAGCAAAAAAAUUAUAAAAGUUUAGAAUAUAUUGUACUUAACAAGCAGAAGAUUGAUAAUAAACGAACCGAUUGUGUAUAGUUAAAUAUGAGUUAGACUAAAAUUAUUAACUAAUAAUAAUAAUAAUAAUAAUAAUAAUAAUAAUGAAAAUAAUAGGAAAUUACUUAUGCCCCCUGUCACUCCCCAACAUAUUCAAUGAGUACAUGCUCCUGCUAAGUAGUUGUCAACUAAAAUUAAACAAAAACAGUAAAAAGUUAACAAUAUAUUAACAUACAUUAGUUGUAAUUCGUUUAUUUAAAUAUAUUUAGUUUUAAAUUAAAAAACAAAAAAAAAAAA